AUGUCCGCGAUUCUCUCCGUUGACGACCUUAACGACUUCAUCAGCCCGGGCGUAGCCUGCAUCAAGCCCAUCGAGACUUUGCCGACCGCCGCGCCGUCCGCAGGCGACGUCAACUCCUCCCUCGAAGUGGAGGUUAUACUUGACGGCCAGCAACCAGAAGCCAAGAGCAAUGCUCCGCCGGCUGAAAUCUUGCUUACCGACUGUCUCGCCUGCUCUGGCUGCGUAACGUCCGCCGAGGCGGUACUAGUCAGUCUACAAAGUCACAAUGAGGUUCUCAACAUGCUGGACUCCGCCCCGGCUUUGAAGCUGGUAGGACCUGAUGCGAACGGAAAGUACUCGGUCGAAGGCCUGGAAAACAGCGACGCGAAGCUAUACGUUGCCAGUGUCUCUCCUCAGAGCAGAGCCAGUUUGGCUGCAGCAUGCGGCAACGGUGUUACAGAGCAGCAAGCUGACCGGAUGAUCGAACAGCUUUUCUUGGGUGAACAGGGUCUAGCAAGAGGUGGAAAAUGGGGGAACAAGUUCACGUGGGUGGUGGACACAAACACGGCGCGGGAGGCAACUCUUGUCCUUGGGUCUGACGAAGUCCUUGGAGGCUUGAUAGCGCCGUCUGACAAAGCUGCUACACCAGUUCUCACUGCUUCGUGCCCUGGUUGGGUAUGCUAUGCGGAAAAGACACACCCCUACGUACUACCGCAUCUUUCUCGAGUAAAAUCACCCCAGGCCCUCAUGGGCACCCUUUUGAAAACAUCCCUCAGUCGAAUCCUUGAUAUCGCACCCGAGAGGAUAUGGCAUUUGGCUGUGAUGCCAUGUUUCGACAAGAAGCUCGAGGCUAGUCGUGAAGAGUUGACAGAUGCUGUCUGGGCUGGGGAUGGCAAGCCGGGCAGAGGAGUACGGGACGUCGACUGUGUUAUCACAAGCAAGGAGGUCCUCAUGCUUGCCGCAUCCAGAGGCUAUGACUUUUUCAGUCUGUCGGCCUCGAUGCCGCCCCAAACCCCCCGAUUUCCAGACCAAUUAAUACACGACUUCCUAUUUCGACCCGGUCACCGUCAACAGUCACGUGAAGCUGGCACAUCCGGCGGUAACAUGCACUUCAUCCUUCGCCACUUGCAAGCGAAGAAUCCGGGCUCACAGAUACAGACAGUACCAGGGAGGAACGCCGACGUUGUUGAAUACAAGUUGACCGCGGAAGCGGGCGAGGUUAUGUUCAAGGCAGCGCGGUAUUAUGGUUUCCGAAAUAUUCAGAACUUGGUCCGCAAGCUGAAACCCGCAAAAGCAUCCCGAAUGCCUGGCGGAAAGCCAUUUGGUAGCGCCAAGAGACCGGCAGGCAAAGCCAGCGGUUUGGACUAUGGCUAUGUUGAGGUAAUGGCUUGCCCAGGCGGCUGUACCAAUGGAGGUGGCCAGAUCAAGGUAGAUGACCAAGUGGUAGUUGAUCGGAAGGGUCUCGCUGUAAAACCAGGACCCCAGGAGCAGAAGGAGUGGCAGAAAGAAGUCGAUGAAGCGUACUUCUCGGGAGACGAGUCAGGCUCAAGAGCCCAGGAUGAGAGUUUGGAUCUGGUUGUUGAUGGCAUUUCCCCUUCGCAUAUCCGAAAUGUCUUGACCCACUGGUCAACAUUGACGGGGAUACAACUGGAAAGAUUGGCGUACACAAGCUAUCGGGAGGUUGUCAGUGACGUCGGCAAGGAGAAGAAGAUGACUGAUACUGAGAGAGUCGUCCAGCUUGCGGGGAAGAUUGGCGGAGGAUGGUAGAGCGCCGCACACCAGUCAGAGACCUAUCGGGGGAUCGUCAAUAUGAAU